CUUCAUCAGUAACUAGAAGAGUUCCUGAAUUUUCAAGAUCUUUUUCUCCCCUCAAAGCUUCAACAAAAUGAAAGUCCCUGUAGAGUUCUUGGAACAAUUAACAUGUGAAAUUCCUAAAAUAUUUUCUUUGCGUGGUCCAAGUGGAAAAGUUUGGAGAGUACGCUUACUUGAGAUGGGUGAUGGAUAUUACUUUGAAAACGGAUGGCAAGACUUUGUGAUUGAUAACUUCGUGAGCGAUCAAGAUAUUUGUGUUUUUAAAUAUGUUAAUGAGAAUUGGUUACAAGUGCAAAUAUUUGAGCAAAAUGGAUGUGAAAAAGAAUCUGCAUUUGAAGCCAAUUGCAGUCAAACAUCCACAACUAAUUGUUCUGCAGGACGCUGGGGGGAAAAGGCAGUGAAGAAUCAAGGUAAGUUUCCAAUAUUUAAAGGUCGAGCAUCUACAAUGAAUCGUUCUGCAAGAUGCUGGGGAAAAAAGGCAGUGAAGAAUCAAGGUGAAAGACUAGGAGGACCUUUAAUAUCACAAAGACGUGACAUCACAGCGGAAGAAGAAAAUAUGGCAUUGGAUGCAGCACUUGGGUUUGUCUCUAGAAAUCCCUAUACAGUGAUCACUAUGCGAAAUUCCCAUGUUUAUACUGGAUACUGUCUGCCAUUGCCACGCUCAUUCUGCAAUGAGCAUCUUCCUGAUCGCAGUCAAGAUAUGACUUUGAGGGAUCCUCGUGGGGAAGUGUGGGGUGUCAGGUUUUACUUUUUCAUGAAUGAAACUCAGCAGAUUGGACAACUUACUACAGGGUGGCGUAAGGUUUCCUUCACAAACAACAUCGAAGCUAGUGAUGUGUGUAUCUUAGAACUCGUUAAACCAGACGAGUUCCAGUUGCAUAUUUUCAGGGUUGUAGAAGAGAUCACACCAUUGAAAAGACAACGUGAUAUUUGAACAGAAACUGAUAGUAAUGAACAGGUAACCUAUUCUGCUUCCAAGGCGUCAGUACAGAAUGAUCCUUAUUUUGGAGUUCAUUUACUGCCUAAACCAUUUAGUAAAACAAUGAGAAUUACUAGUAUUGUAUCUUAAUUUUGCCUUAUUAGUUACUGUUAAUCUAAUUUCUAGACGUAAAUGUACUCUGGUAAUGUUAUGUCU